AGAGCGAGAGUCAGAGAAAGAGAGUAGCAAAAAAAGGAAACACAACUAAACAAUUUAGCUUCCAUGAGAGAGAGAGAGAGAGAGAGAAAGAGGGAGGGAGGUCCUUGUUGGAAUAAAUAAAGAAGCAACCUUUGCUCUUCUUUAUUAUAUUAUUAUUAUUUCUGAGGCAAAAGUGAGCAGAAAAGAGACAUGGCAGAGAGAAGGAAUUGUAAACUCCAUGAGACAAGCUGAUCCCUCUAUGUUCAGUGCAUCUUCUUCGUACCACACGCUUAGGUAGAAGAAGGUGCCACAUAAUACAGUUUGGAGAUGGGAACGUUGGUGCUUAAUGCUGAGAACGUAGACUCAGAUAUUUACCUCUCGCUGGGGCUUAAAGAGUUGAGAAAAGGAGUUCCAACAAUUCCUCGGGUUUUGUCACUUCUCUCAUCACUACUUGAGAGAUCUGUUCAGAAGAAUGAGGUGCUUUUGGAGGAAACACAAAUUAAAGAUGUUAUCACAAUAUUCCAUGGUUUGAGAGAACCCACUCUCAGCAUUCGGCAGUAUAUUGAUCGAAUCUUCAAGUACUCUGGCUGCAGCCCAUCCUGCUUUGUUGUUGCACACAUUUAUGUGGAUAGAUUCCUUCAGAGUACGGAGGUUCAUUUAACUUCACUUAAUGUUCACCGGCUUCUGAUAACAAGUAUAAUGCUUGCAGCAAAAUUUAUUGAUGAUGCAUUCUUCAACAAUGCAUAUUAUGCAAAAGUGGGAGGAGUAAGCACGGCAGAGUUGAAUAGGUUGGAGAUGAAGUUUUUGUUUAGUAUAGAUUUCAGACUUCAGGUAAGUGUAGAAAUGUUUGGAAAGUAUUGUUCACAAUUGGAAAAGGAAAGCUCAGAAGGGCUCCAGAUUGAGCGGCCAUUCAAAGCCUGUGGAAUUAAAGAGAGUUGGUCAAAAACAAACAAAGAUGAUUCAACUUGUGCUCCCACAAUUGCAAGAUGAAAAUGUGGAAUCAUCAAUCAUCUCAAUGUAUCAUUACGAACCCACGAAUUGCUAAAAUACAAUCAUCUUAGAAAAUAUUGAUUGUUGAAUAUGAACACAAUUGUGUUAGUGACAGCAUUGCUUGUUUGCUUACUUCUUUCAAAUGUUGUAGUUGGGUAGAGAUUUGCAAUAGGUUUUACCUUGUUUCUAUUCAUUCUGUGCUUAUUCUCAAAGCACCCAAUAUCCUAGCAGCUUUACUACCGGUUUGUUGUAAAGUGUAAACACAGGUUAAGCAAUUUUAUGGUCAAGAGAAGAGAUUGAAUGAGUUUCACAA